AUGUCCUUAACAGCAGAUUCUUUUAAAGAAUUAAUCCAAGAAAAACUCCAAGCUAGCUUAGUUCAAGUGGAAGAUAUGUCUGGUGGCUGUGGCCAGGCGUUUGCUGUGAUUAUUGUAUCUUCCAAUUUUGAAGGAAAGAAUAAAUUAAUGAGACAUAGGUUGGUAAAUAAUGCUUUAAAGGAAGAAAUAGCCUCGAUACAUGCAUUUACACAGAAAGCAUUUACACCAGAAGAAUGGAAGACGCAAGGUGGAAAUUUAUGA